GUUAAUCAAGCUGCAAGGUGUCUCCGGCGGAGAGUGACAGCCCCCAAAACGCCUCGCGGCCAAUGGGCGCGUUCACACGGCUGAGGAGCGGGGGGAGCUCGAGCCGGAGAGACACGAGUUCAUUUUUUUUCUCCUAUUUUAAAUGUUUUAAUUUGGGAUUAUUUUUACACCAACCCCCCCCAACCCGGCCCCCACCGCGGGGAAGGCUCUGUCCGAGGUGCUGAAGUCGGAGUGACUCCGGAGCUGUUCGAGGUCCUGAAAUAUCAUCCGGAGUGACUCCGGGCUCUGCUGGGAGCGAUGCUGAAGACGGAGCAGCCCUGGAUGUAACGCGCGGAGCAUCGGAGAGCCCUGCAGCAAUUGUUGCCCGGAUCCCACGCUGAACUUUGCUCUUUUUUUUUUUUUCCCUUUUAAAUUUUUUCCCCCCUCUUUUUACUUAUUUUAUUAUUAUUAUUAUUAUUAUUUCAUUUCGCUUUUUGUUAUUGUCGUCGCCGUUAUCGUUAAUUACCAUUACCAACCCGCUUCCGCCGCGCCCUCCCCCGCCAAUGUCUGUGUGAACGCCGGCACCUCGCGGGGGCCAUGGAGGGCUCCACCGGCUUCGGGAUCGACUCCAUCCUCUCGCACCGAGCCGGCAGCCCGGCCGUGCCCAAAGCGGACCCGCUGGUGGGAGACGGCCGCUCCCCGCUGGAGCUGAGCCCCCGCUCGGAGGGCAGCAGCGGGUGCCCCUCUCCGCGUUCCCCGGAGGCGGCGGUGAGACCGGGCCUGGACGCGCACCUGCAGCCGGGGCAGCUCUCGGCUCCAUCCCAGUCCCGAACCGUCACCUCCUCGUUCCUCAUCAGAGACAUCCUGGCCGACUGCAAACCCCUGGCCGCCUGCGCCCCUUACUCCAGCACCAAUGGACCUCACGGCGGGCAGGAGGCGGCGGGCAGGAUCCCCACCAAACCCGGCGAGGACUUUAGGGAGAAAAUGGAAAAAACCACCAGCAGCUCCUCCUCGGACUCCGAGUACAAAGUGAAAGAAGAAGGAGACCGGGAGAUCUCCAGUUCCCGGGACAGCCCCCCGGUGAGGCUGAAAAAGCCUCGCAAAGCCCGCACCGCCUUCACCGACCACCAGCUGGCCCAGCUGGAGCGCAGCUUCGAGAGGCAGAAAUACCUGAGCGUUCAGGACAGGAUGGAGUUGGCCGCCUCCCUCAACCUCACCGACACGCAGGUGAAAACGUGGUACCAGAACAGAAGGACCAAAUGGAAAAGGCAGACGGCGGUGGGCCUGGAGCUGCUGGCCGAGGCUGGCAACUACUCAGCCCUGCAGAGGAUGUUCCCCUCGCCCUACUUCUACCCGCAAAGUUUGGUCUCCAACCUGGACCCUGGCGCUGCCCUCUACCUGUACCGCGGACCCAGCGCUCCGCCCCCGGCCCUACAGAGACCUUUGGUGCCCCGCAUCCUCAUCCACGGACUGCAGGGCGGCAGCGAGCCCCCCCCACCCCUACCCCCGCUGCCGGGUGUUCUGCCCCGGGCCGCGCAGCCCCGGUGAGCCCCGGCCCCGAACCACGGGCGAGGGGGGGACCGGAGGGGGCCAGCCCAGCCCAGGGGCCACGAGAAAGCGACAGACUCCCGCUUACCCCCUAAAUAUAAAUAUAUAUAUAUAUAUAUAUAUAAACGAGAACACCCCCCCAACUCCACACACACACACACACACACAUACACACACCACCUUUUUUUUAAAUAUAUGAAGUACGAAAGAACAGAAAACAGAAAAAGCCGCUCCCUGCUCUCCCCCACCCCCCCGGCUCCAGGACUGCGGCCGCUUUACCCCGUUGUGCCCUCGGGGAUGGGGGGGGGCAGCGAUGUGGGUCCCUCCCCACCCCCCGCCCAAUCCGAGGCUGCACCGGGGGCACGGGGAGGGGCUGCUCGGGGUAUGGGGGGGUGAAAGGGGGGGGGCUUCGUUCAGAGCAAUUGCCCGGUCCGACCCCCCAGUACGGCCGGAAGGAUCGGGGAGAACCAGGGGGUACCGACCCCCCUCCCACUUUGGGACCUCCGGAACCUGACAAAAAAAAACCUAAUAAUGAUAAUAAAAGGGGGGAAAAAAAUAAGAAAAGAGGGGGGAAGGAAAAAGCGGCGAAUGUAAAUACGGUGCGCAAAAUGUAUAUGAAUUAUUUAUUUGUGAACCCUGAGGGCGUAUUUGUGUAAGUGAUGCUUUGUCCGUCUGUAUCCCGGGGCCGGCCCGGCCGGGUUUGGGGGGAGCUUUGGGGGCAGCUCCCGCUCCCGUCCCCCCUUUUUUAAAUGUGGAAAUAAACUUCUUUACACACGA